UCGACUGUGAUUAUGGAUUCACGAUUUUUCUCCCGUUGUUUAGCCUUUUGUAUGCUCUUAUCAUUUAAACUAGCUGAAGCUUCCAAAGAUUUGUACCGAUGCCCUGUUGUUGUUCGACGAGACCUCAGUAAACAUUAUAGUGUGAGAACUUUCCAGGACAAGUGUUAUGUGUUUGUUUCCCGUGAAGGAACAUGGGUUACUGCAAGAGAACAAUGCCAUAGAUGGGGAGGAGAGCUUGUUUCUAUUCCUAAUGAACAUAUAAUGAAUUUCUUGAAACGGACAUUGGGUAGUUUACGAUGGACAAAUACAGGCACAUGGAUUGGUGCUAAUAGUAGAAGUGGGGGUGUAUGGAGAUGGACUACUGGUGAACGACUCCAGUGGGGUUACUGGGCCCCUGGCCAGCCUAGCAAAUCACUUGGAUUGUUUUCUAUUGAGGACUGCGCCCUGAUGAAAAGACAAGAUGGCUAUCGUUGGCAUGACUACCAUUGUGACACAGACAUGUUCUUCAGAUACAGAUCUGUAUGUGAUUUCCGUAUGUCACCUCCUACGACUACCACUACCACCACCACAACCACCACUACUGUUAGCACCACAUCUUCAACCUCUACAACCCCCUCCACCACCACCACCACUACCACCGAGGCAAGCACCACGGCAAACAUGACCCUUGCCCCAACUGCAGAAUCACCCCCCUCUAGUCAGGAGCCUGAACUGGUUGUUGCAUAUGUUCCGAAGUUAGGCUCUAAUCAUGAUAAGCCAAAGAUAUUGGAAAGCCAAAAAAUGGAUUCAGGGUAUCAAAAAGCAUACGAAAAUGCCCAUAUUGAUGCUGAAAAAGCCUCGUCAACAGGUGAUCGCCAUAUGGAAUCAGAGACCCACACAGAUAAAGACAGUCUGCUGAUAGGGUUUAUAUCGGGAACAGUGGCGGUUCUGUUGUUGGCAGUGUUUGGCUUCAUCUUCUGUGGUAAGAGGUUCCAUCGAAAGAAGCCUGUGGAUGAAAUGUCAGUGAGGUUUGAAAAUCUCAACUAUGCUCGUAUAGAUCAGCGUGAUCAGGGACCACAACGGGCGCAGAGUAAUAUCUACAUGGACACCAGUGAUAUGAAUCGACUGUAUGAUGUGGUCACCAAGCAAGUCGACCAUGGGGUCAACCGCUAUGACACUCGGUACACAUCUACCCUGCAGGCCAAGGGGGGUGCAGAGGGGGGCAAAGACAUGUGUUGUAGUGAGGAUCCAGAUUACGAGACUCCUAUUAAGAAGUGUGCACCUUCAAGAGAUGACAACCCUCCAGCCCCUCCUCUCCCUUGUUUGAACAACCGAAGGCCUUUACCAGUCCGUGAGAGUGAAUAUGUGGAUAUGUCCGUAGGAAGCAGACAAGGAAAAGCUACCAAUCUCAUCAACGAGGCUAAUCGUGUGGUUGAUCCAAGCAAGCCAAGUAAUCUGGAGCAGCGAGUGGAAUCCACAGACCAGCCCUUGUAUGCUAAUGACAAUGCUGUCAAUGAAGCGUUGGAACAUGGUAGUGAGGAUGAGAGUGUCCAGCCAUUCCUCCAAGACAAUCCGAUUGAGAGCACAACAGCACAAGAGGCAGAACAAAUCUAUGAGACUGUGCAGUGAUAACUUGGGCCCAAUCUCAAACAUCCACUGUGUUCAUCAUUAUCAUCAAGUGGGUGUUGCUAACUUCAUACUGUAUUUAUUUUGCAAUAAGCCUAAGGGUGCCAUCAUAUUAAUAAGAGUUCAGGGAUGGGCUUAGAGACAAUAAAUCAGCAUUUGUUUAAUGUUGCUGAGCAACAAUAUAUGGCUUAUUACUAGGCAUGGGCUUAUUACUAGAUAAAUAUGGUAUUAUUAGCUGCCUGCUAACCUGGAUUGUGCUUAUAUGUUUAUUUCAGAAAGAAACUUCUAACAUAAAACAGAAGUUGUGAACUCCUACAAAAUGUAUUCAGACUUUCCCGACUAACUAGAGCUUUUUCGUUUGUGACCAUGUACUAGUUCAGAAGUUGUAUAGUUCACUUCUUUUCUCUGGAUAAUGGAUCUCGGUUUGAAAUGUACACCUAAGCUAUAUUAGAGACUCUAACUGCCAUAGUGAGGAGGAAUUUUGCCAUAUUUGUACAGACACAGGAAAACCAUUUUAUACUGUCACUAUUUCGGCAUUGUAUAAAGGGGUCUGUGAUACAUUGAGUGAGAUUGAUAAAUGAAUAUGUAAAGAGGAUGUUUAAAAUGCCUAUAUUACAAAGAUAUUGUUGAAGGUGAGCUGUUAAGUAAAAAGUAAAAAGUUAUCAAAGCAGCUGCUUGAUAUAGGAGUAUAUGAUAUUAUUCUUGUUAAUGUACAAUUAUUGUGUUACUCUUACACUGUAAAUGUUCAUGUGCCAGUGCAAGUGUCUGCUUUUGCCUCAGUAAUUUCACACUCAUCCAUAAAAUGGUAAAUGUAGAAUAAGGACCUAGAAAAUAGAUCCUCCAGGGCUUCCAGUGUUAUGUAACCUGUCAAUAUUAGGGUUAAAUUAAUGUUACCUGGCAGUACAAGGAUGAUAUAAACCAAUCAGCAAUAUUGAUACUGAUGCAAAUUGUAACACAGUUUAUCCUUUUUGUCAGAAUUUUUAGUCAUUAUUUUUAUUUAGUCUUUGUUGUUUGUUAUUUAUUGACUUUUUCAGACACCUGGGAUACCAAGUGACCAAUUGUGAUCUCUUUCUUAAAAACCCCUUGACCAAUUUUUAUAAAAUUUAGUAGAAUACUCCAUUGCCAGAGAUUAACCAAAAUUAUGAAUGAUAUGGUUCUGCCCCAAGCAGCCCUUGAGUGGUUGGGUCAAAGGGGUUCAUACAGUGCUUCACAAAAAUCUUAAAAUUCAUCAGCCAAGGAUCUCAUAUUUCCCCUUGGGCAGGGAUAAAGUUUAAUAAUGUAAUUAUAGGAAAAUUACAUUUCAGAGCAUAAGUUGAUUGAUUUCUGUUAGAAAUCAUUUCCGGUUAGAAUUCUCAACUUUGCACUACAUGUAGAAUGUAGUUAGAAUUAUCUGACUUUGUCAACAAAAUGAUUUCUAAUAUUGGUUGGUAGAGCUAAUGCUGUGUAGUAUUAAGUAGCAGAUUUCCUCUGCUUCUCCCUUGGAUACUUGAAGGUAUGCAGGGGAUUGGUGAAUUAGGAUAAGCUCAAAUCAGGGGAAUCAAUGACAACAAAUUAGGGAAAGGUUUUUUGAAAUGGUUUUGUCUACAGUAUUGGGCUUCUUCAUGGAUUCAUGGUCCAGGAAAAGCCUAAUACUGAGGGCAAAACUGGUAGACAGACUACCUAAUAAAUUACAAAGAACCUGUCUCUUACUUGUUGGGGUUGAUACUCCUGAUUCAUAUCUAAUUGCAACAAAUCAACAUUUUUUAUAAAAUCUAGAUGACAUUUAUUGCCCUUUUGCCUCUUUUUUUAUCACCAUUUGUAAAAAGAAAAAUGAAAUCUGACAAUUGCGCAAUUCAUCAUGUUGUACUGAUGUGUUUUUCUUUAGUAUGGUACAGAUUCUUUAAAAAGUCAGUCAUUCCAAAGGAUAUCUGUAUACAUGUACAACAUUGAAGUAAACUCACUAGAAAUUUAAUGUUACACUGAUGUAUUACAAGAGAUCAUGUUUUGUUAUCUUCCUUAAUCACUACAUCCACUACAUCCACUUCUUCCUUAAUCACUAUAUCCACUUCUUCCUUAAUCACUACAUCCACUCCUUCCUUAAUCACUACAUCCACUUCUUCCUUAAUCACUACAUCCACUUCUUCCUUAAUCACUACAUCCACUUCUUCCUUAAUCACUACAUCCACUUCUUCCUUAAUCACUACAUCCACUACAUCCACUUCAUCCAUUUUUCUACAGUUUUUUGUAUUCUUAACUGCUUUGUACAUAUGUGGAUGUAUGGGAAAAUGCUUGUCCACAGUUUUUUCAUGUUCUCACUUAAAAAAGUUAAUUUUUUGCUCACUGUUAAUGUCUGCUUGAAAUGAACAAAAAAAACAUUAAUAACAGUUUGAACAUGAGACAUCAGCUCAUUUUUUGUUAAUAGUAAAAAUGUGACAGUCACAAAAAUGGAUUUAGUCACAAAAAUGGAUUUGAAUUGUUUAAUUUAGAUGAAAAAACUGAUAUUUUGUUUAACAACAUGAUUUUAGAUUUAGGGAUACUUGAUUAUGAAAACAGUUUUAUUUUGAAAUGGGAUGAAGAUCCUGAUGUAGCAUUGUAUAUUGUAAGGACCAAUGCAUGUUUCUAGUCAGUAGCAUCUUUAUGAAUCUGUAUAUAUGUAUAUAACAAAAUCAGAAUGUAUCUAGUCCCAUUAUAAUGUAGUGGAAAUCACAGAUUGUACAUUGUAAAUAUAUAUCACUGCUACCUAGUCUAUACAGAAAGCAAACCUUCAAAAUGUACUUAUAAUAUACUGAUACAGUCAGUAUUAAACACAGUGUUCGUUAGUCAAAUAGAAAGCAAUGUUUUAAUCUAUAGUUUUCCUUCGAUCUAGAAAUACUUGCCAGAUAAACAUUUAAGUGAAUUAAAAUUUUCUCAUGGCAAUAUGAAAAGCUAAUGUAGAUAAAUUCAAUUUGCACAUAAUUUUUUGAAGUCCCAAAAUCAUGAUUUAUAUAGUUUCAAACAGUGAUAAAUGAAGCUUUAUAUCUAUAUUAAGGGCAUUAAAGAGAACAAAUGCUGGGCAUUAAAGAGAACAAAUGCUGGGAAUUAAAGAGAACAAAUGCUGAUGUGAUUUAGUUGAAUAUUUUUUUAAACAAAAGAAGCUUGUAGAUUUUUUUAUGAAGUUUUUUUGUAACAGGUGAAAAUAGUGCUUGUACUGUGUGAUGCAGUACAUUACCAUUACUGAAGAUUGUCUUUUUUUCUUUUUAAGUAAAGGCAUAUACCAGAUACUAUUACUUCAGUGAAACAAAAGGAACACUACCAGAUAACAUUUUUAUUAAAUUUUGUUUCACUUCUGUUUGAUAAUCUACCUAAUAUGCAGUAUACAACAGAUUGUAGUCCUUUUAUGUAUAGAACUCUAUGUACAUCUACAUACUGUAGACAGGUUUUACUAUCAAUUAUUAAAGAUACAUCAUGACCUUUAGAAAACAUUAAUUGAUCAAGUCAGUGUUUUCAAGGACAGAUGUGAAGUUGAUUUUUCUGUCUUUAUCAUGGACAAAGAAUAUUAAGCCUGUGUCUUUAUUAAAAAUGUGAUUUAUAAUCCUAAAUUGAAUUUGCAUACUUUUUAUUAAGAUUUAAAGUUAACAAACACUGCAUAAACUAAAGUAACUUAUAUUUUUGAACUAAUAUCAUUUGCAUAUACUUAUACCAAAAGUUUGCUUUCAACUUUUGCAAAACAAUUGUUUAAGACAGCAUGCAAAUAUAAAACAAACAAAAGAAUGAAUGUGAGCUAAUUAAAACCGCUUUCAGAUAAGGGACAUUAGGUUGCUUGUACAAUUGAUGUUUGUUUGAUAAUAUGUCAAGAUACAUUAAUCAUGUCUUUGUGAAAAAUGUUUUUAUCAUUAGGUAACAAACUACAUAUUUACACACCAUGGUGAUGUAUUAAAUAAUGUAUAGAGUUAGCAUGGGUGGUAGGUGACACAUGUGUAUAUAUCUCAAUCUGUUUAUAUUUUUCUGAACUUUUUAGUCUGUUAUUGAUUUAUUGUUAUAAAGUCUAGCUCUUAGAGAAAAUAUGACUUCUUUGUUGAUAUUGUAAAAUCUUAAGAGGUAAUUCAGUGAAAUGUCAAUUUCUCAUCUAGAGCCAAAAUAAUGUAGAUACAUGGUUGAAAGAAUUUUCAUGGAAUCUGAAUACAUGUAUUUUAAAACUUUUAAUUAUUUGCUUUGAAUAUUCCUUUAAAUAACUGUUGAGUUUUAUUGUGAUAAAAAAUUCAUCUGUUGUACCUUUUACCCUACUCUACAUGAGUUAUUUUAUCCCAUCCACCCAAUGUUGUAUUGCACCAUGUUCUAUGUAGAUGUACAUAUUGCCAUUAAUACAAUCAGGCUGGAUUUUUGUACCAGUUCUUUCAUUAUAACCUUUAUUCAUGUUAUAUGUGUAUCAAACCUUUUAUGAAUGAUGACGGUUCUAAUACUUUAUAAUAAAACUAGUCCAGUAUGGAAUAUAAA